UUCGACUUCUUUGUGGAGCUAAGGUGAAAGCGUGCACGAGCAACAGUGAUCUUUAACAGAAAUAGAAUCUGCAGUUUCUCUGUAAAAUACAAGAAGACAAAAAGAACAAUGCCUCAUAGAACAAAAUUGUGAUCAAAUAUUCAUAUGGACUUGAUAUAGUGCACAUCCACUGUGGAAUUCAGUAAAACACAUGGUGUACGGUGCUCUAUCAAUGAAAGGAAGAACGCAUUCGUGAUUCAAAACAACAUUCGUGCAUGACAAAUGGGAAAAUGCCUUUAUUCGAGUUUCGUAGCAAACUUUUAAUCUUGAUUUUGAUCAUGAUAUUGUUUCUGUCAGUAUCGAUUAAAGGAUAUGGACUUCACCAGGAGAUUAUAAUGGCUCCAGUUGCCUUUAGUGAGAAUUCUUUAAAUAAAUCGCAAACUCGUACCGGAAGAUUCUUAUUUGAUGAACUUUUCGGUAUUGAUAUUAUCAGUGACAGUGACACAGACGAAGAAAGAUUGAGAAAUUGUACUUGUGAAUGCGGCUUACCUAAUCAAGAGAAUCGAAUAAUUGGUGGACGUCCUACAAUACCGAACAGAUAUCCUUGGGUUGCGAGACUAGUGUACGAUGGUCGGUUCCACUGUGGUGCUAGCCUGCUCAAUAACGAUUACGUAAUUACCGCUGCUCACUGUGUACGGAAUUUGAAGCGAUCGAAAAUUCGUGUAAUACUCGGCGAUUACGAUCAAUACGUAAAUACUGAUGGAGUUCCCGUUAUGAGAGCAGUCAGUGUUAUAAUACGUCAUAGGAAUUUUGAUAUAAAUUCUUACAAUCACGAUGUAGCCUUAUUAAAAUUACGCAAGUCUGUGAAAUUUUCGAAGAAAGUUCGACCGAUCUGUUUACCUCAAUCAGGCAGCGAUCCUGCUGGAAAGGAGGGAACAGUAGUAGGAUGGGGUCGAACUUCGGAAGGAGGCAUGUUGCCCGGAAAAGUGCAAGAGGUGCAAGUUCCCAUAUACAGUUUGACACAAUGUCGAAAGAUGAAAUACCGAGCAAACCGAAUUACUGAUAAUAUGAUUUGCGCCGGACGAGCUAAUCAUGAUUCUUGUCAAGGUGACAGUGGAGGUCCUCUUCUCGUUCAGGAAGCAGAUAAACUCGAAAUAGCAGGUAUAGUGUCUUGGGGUGUGGGAUGUGGUAGAGCAGGUUAUCCUGGAGUUUAUACGAGAGUAUCCCGAUAUCUCAAAUGGAUCCAUGCAAACAUGAACGAAGGCUGUUUAUGCGUCAAUUGAGGAUUUGCUUUCACUUCACUUUGUAUAUAAAAUUUCACAUUUACUGUGGUGUAAUUAAUCGCUGUGACGAGCACAUUUUACAUGUUCGUUCAUAAAUGACUUACUUGGGAACUGUAUUUGUGCGCGCGCGCACACACACACGUAUGGUGUGUGUG